UGGUGUGGGGCCGCCGAUGACGUGGCCAGACAACUUUUCAAAGGCGAAGACUCUACACCAGUCUCCACCAACCAGAAAAAUUGCCGCCGCCGAUUCCGAGCACCCCUCAUCAGGCUCAACCCCUCCCCUAAACCCCCGCCACGUGUCCUCCGAACCCUCACUCUCUCUCUCUCUCUGGCUCAUCUCUAUUUGAUCCCCAAUCCUCGGCCGCCCACAUUAAUUCUCCGGCGACCUCCACUCAAAACGUCACCGUUUUCGCCUCGAAUCAGAAUCACUGUCUCGUUAAUCGGGGGGCCAUGGCCGAAACGACGUCGCUCGACGGUCCGCGAGAGCGCAGCAGGCUGUGGAAAGGGGUUUUCGCCGUGACCGGAAUCAUGACCACGCUCGUCACCUACGGCGUUCUACAGGAGAAGAUCAUGAGAGUGCCUUACGGGGAAGACCAUGCCUUUUUCAAGUACUCAUUGUUUCUGGUUCUCUGCAACCGAAUCACAACGUCGGCGAUUUCCGCCGGAGCUUUAAUCUCAAGUAAAAAGGCUUUGAAUCCGGUAGCUCCGUUUUACAAAUACGGCCUUGUAUCAGUGACCAAUAUACUAACCACUACAUGUCAGUAUGAGGCCCUCAAGUAUGUAAGCUUUCCUGUUCAAACACUUGCAAAAUGUGCCAAGAUGAUACCUGUUAUGGUUUGGGGUACCAUCAUUAUGCAAAAGAAAUACAAGGGGCGUGACUAUUUGUUUGCUUUUCUAGUUACAGUUGGCUGUUCAAUAUUUAUACUAUAUCCGGCAGGGUCUGACUUGGGCCCAACUGAUGCAUUUGGUAGAGCAAGAGAAAAUACUAUGUGGGGCGUCUCUCUUAUGAUCGGUUACCUUGGGUUUGAUGGCUUUACAAGCACAUUCCAAGACAAACUUUUUAAAGGUUAUGAUAUGGAGAUACACAAUCAAAUAUUCUACACAACGUUCUGUUCUUGUGUUCUUAGCUUGAGCGGUCUUAUAUUACAAGGACAACUGGUUCCAGCAAUACAAUUUGUUUCUAGCCACAAUGAUUGUUUCUUUGACAUCGCACUGCUUUCGACUGUGGCAACAGCUAGCCAAUUUUUCAUUUCUUACACAAUUCGCACAUUUGGUGCUCUAACGUUUGCCACUAUAAUGACCACAAGACAGUUGGUCAGCAUUAUGCUAUCAUGCAUGUGGUUUCAUCACCCGCUUAGCUGGGAACAGUGGAUUGGAGCUGUGGUUGUCUUUGGUUCCCUAUAUGCAAAAACGUUUAUGAGAAAUGCAACUCCAAAUCCGUCCCCGUCAGACAAAGUGCAGGAUGGACCUUCUAGCCCAGUAAAGGGGAUCCCUUGAUAGUGUUUGGGUUUGACAGUACGUUAACUUUGAUAUGUUGUGCUGGUACUGCCUCCAACUUUGAUCAAUGGACAGCUUUGGUUUUUAUAAGUAUAGAGCUGCACCUGUGAACAACCUUGGAUGUGGGAUACCUGAUCUAAAUGGAGUCUCGACCACACCGCAUGCAAAUGGAUUCUUUGAAGCAAGCUGGAGACCCAAAUUCUUGAAGAUCCACAAUUCCAUAGGGAUGAUUGAGUAUAGACUAACUAAAGGAACAGAAGUGUUUUUAGUAUUUUAUCUUGCAAACUUUUUGGAAUACACGACCAAAGAAUGUAAAAUGCUACUGCAACAUUUCAUUAGAGAAAUGGAAGAAAUAGUUCUUUCUUGUACUCAA